UCACAUCGGAAACAAAACAGCUGCUGCUCCGGGAGUAACUGCGGCUGCGAGCGGUCGGUGGCGGCGGCGGUGGCGGGAGCGGCAGGGAGAGCACCUAAUCCAGGAGUCUGCAAGUGACAGCAGCCUGCAAGGUCCUUAGACAGUUUGGCCUGGAGGAUAACACAUGAAAGAAAGAACCCCAGGAGGCUUUGUUUUCUGUGAAAAAGUAUUUUUAAACAGUUGCUCCAAUGACAGAGUUACCUGCACCCUUGUCCUACUUCCAGAAUGCACAGAUGUCUGAGGACAACCACCUGAGCAAUACUGUACGUAGCCAGAAUGACAAUAGAGAACGGCAGGAGCACAGCAGGAGACUUGGCAACCCUGAGCCGAUAUCUAAUGGACAACCCCAGGGUAACUCACAGCAGAUUGUGGAACAAGAGGAGGAAGAUGAUGAGGAACUGACACUGAAAUAUGGCGCCAAACAUGUGAUCAUGCUCUUUGUCCCCGUGACUCUCUGCAUGGUGGUGGUCGUGGCUACCAUCAAGUCAGUCAGCUUUUAUACCCGGAAGGAUGGGCAGCUAAUCUAUACCCCAUUCACAGAAGACACUGAGACUGUGGGCCAGAGAGCCCUGCACUCAAUUUUGAAUGCUGCCAUCAUGAUCAGUGUCAUUGUUGUCAUGACUAUCCUCCUGGUGGUUCUGUAUAAAUACAGGUGCUAUAAGGUCAUCCAUGGCUGGCUUAUUAUAUCAUCUUUAUUGUUGCUAUUCUUUUUUUCAUUCAUUUACUUGGGGGAAGUGUUUAAAACCUAUAAUGUUGCCGUGGACUACAUUACUGUUGCACUCCUGAUCUGGAAUUUUGGUGUGGUGGGAAUGAUUUCUAUUCACUGGAAAGGUCCACUUCGACUCCAGCAGGCAUAUCUCAUUAUGAUCAGUGCCCUCAUGGCCCUGGUGUUUAUCAAGUAUCUUCCUGAAUGGACUGCAUGGCUCAUCUUGGCUGUGAUUUCAGUAUAUGAUUUAGUGGCUGUUUUGUGUCCAAAAGGUCCUCUUCGUAUGCUGGUUGAAACAGCUCAAGAGAGAAAUGAAACUCUCUUUCCGGCUCUCAUUUAUUCCUCAACAAUGGUGUGGUUGGUGAAUAUGGCAGAAGGAGAUCCAGAAGCCCAAAGGAGGGUAUCCAGAAAUUCCAAGUAUAAUGCAGAAAGUGCAGAAAAUGAAUCACAAGACACUGUUACAGAGAAUGAUGAUGGUGGCUUCAAUGAAGAAUGGGAAGCCCAGAGGGACAGUCAUCUUGGGCCUCAUCAGUCUACACCUGAGUCACGAGCUGCUGUCCAGGAACUUUCCAGCAGCAUCCUAGCGGGUGAAGAUCCAGAGGAAAGGGGAGUAAAACUUGGAUUAGGAGAUUUCAUUUUCUACAGUGUUCUGGUUGGUAAAGCCUCAGCAACAGCCAGUGGAGACUGGAACACAACCAUAGCCUGUUUUGUAGCCAUAUUAAUUGGAUUGUGCCUUACAUUAUUACUCCUCGCCAUUUUCAAGAAAGCAUUGCCAGCUCUUCCCAUCUCUAUCACUUUUGGGCUUGUUUUCUACUUUGCCACGGAUUAUCUUGUGCAGCCCUUUAUGGACCAGUUAGCAUUCCACCAGUUUUAUAUCUAGCAUAUUUCUAAUUAGAAUCCCAUGGAUGUUUCUCCUUUGACUACAAUAAAAUCUGGGGAGGACAAAGGUGAUUUUCCUGUGUCCACAUCUAAUGAAGUCAAGAUUCCUGGCUGGACUUUUGCAGCUUCCUUCCAAGUUUUCCUGACCACCUGCACUAUUGGACAUUGGAAGGAGAUAUCUACAGAAAAUGGUUUUGAACAAACUUCACUGAGGUGAACUAUGUCCCUCGGUGCAAAAACUACCAGAUUUGAGGGACGGGGCGAGGACACACGACGGGCAAGAAGCUCUGAGCUCCACCAGUGGCUUGACCCCUGGUCACAGGGAGGUUUUACCAACACCGCGGACUCUCAGGACUGCUGUAACCAGAAGGUUAAAUGAAGCAGUUUAAAUCAAACAGAACUGUUCAUCUUAAACUUCAUGUUGAAAAUCAACUUAAUAAAUCUGUGUCAAUUGAAUUCUGAACCUUUUCAGGAGGUACUAUGAGGAGAGCAGGCACCAGCAGCAAAAUGGGAAGGUGGAAAGGGCUCGGGCUUUCACUUUCAGACUUUUCGGCUGCAGACAUAAUCUUUAAUAAGACUUUUUUUUUUCACCUCAAGUCCAGUCAGAUAUGUAGGUUGAUUUUGACAGUUUGGUUCCCAAGCACUGAAACUCACCAUCUCUAGUUGCCAUAUCUUCCCAAGGCCAGUCUGAAUUAGUUAAAGAUUGCUUUAAAGUCUUAACCUCAGGUUCCAAAUUCAGUAAUUUCUGGAAAUAAUGGAACUAUUGCUCAAUGACUCCCUAUCAUCCCUAAGUAAAUUUUGGAUUUUCCACCAAAUUCCUGAUUUUUAAACAUACUUGUAAGUUCACUUGCCCCCAGUGCCUCCUCUGUCCCUAUCUCUCCUGUCAUUCCCCCACAAGCAGUCCUCUUCUGCAAGCAAAUGAGGCAGUUCUGUCGUGGUAGCAGAUGACCCUGUCAUUCUAAGAGUUUACUCUAUGUGUGAUGCAAAGAAUGUGUUCUGAGUCAGUGCUGUCAGCCUUGCUGUCACAGCUUCUUUGGUAGCAAAUAAGAUGUGUGCUCAAAGACAGUAGAAUUAAAGGAGAGUAAAAUGGCUGGUGAAGCA